CUUCCCUCACUCUUCUUGCCAGCCUCAUGGCUGGAGAAGUACAGACCUGAGAUGAUGGCUCCAUCAUAACCCCAGCCAUGGGGUAAUUUAAGGAACUGCAGUCUUGGGAGAUUGAAACAUCUAUCUCCAAGCAUGGGCUCUCUGUGUAGUAACGGGAGUGGUUGCUGUGAUAUCGAAAUUGAAAGAGUCUACGUAGUCCAAGAACUACCACCACCAGAAACAGAAAAGAAACCAAAAAAGAAAAAAAAGUCAAUUCUUCCAUCCCUUCCAAAGGUGCCAUCACGCCACAAGCCUCCAUGUGACAAAGACCUGAAGGCCAGAAAGAUCCAGGCCUGGUGGCGAGGCACACUGGUGCGGCGCACACUGCUGAAGGCCGCCCUCAGUGCGUGGACCAUCCAGUGCUGGUGGAGAAAGACGCUGGCCGAGAGGUUGGAGAAGAGACGAAUGGAGGCUCUGCACUGGAUGGCACAAGAAGCAAGGGCCUGUGUCACUAUUCAGUCCUGGAUUCGAAUGCUGCAAAUCCGCCAGCAAUAUUGGCGUCUGCGUUAUGCUACCCACAUCAUCCAGGUGUCGUGGCGCUGGUAUAACUGCCAUACCCGUGGCAUUUUUGAGGGUAGCUAUGAGCUUACAGGGAACCAACUAAGUCUUCAGCUUGACAUCUUCCUGGGAUCACAGGUGUGUCGUAUAUCAGACUGCAUACCCUUGGCAAUAAAGAACUGAUCAGGUCUUCUAA